GGGGCCCCAGGUGAGCGCGGCGGGACGGGCCCCGCUCUGAGCCCGCACCGAGCCCGCACCGAGCCCCGCGCUGAGCCCGAACUGAGCCCUCACUGAGCCCCGCACCGAUGUCCCGGCCCGGCAGCCCCCGGCCGAGCCGCCCGGAGCAGCCCCGAGACGAGGCGGUCCCGAUGCCAGAGGUGGCCGAGCCCUCGCGCCCUCCCCCGAGGCCGAUCCCAGCGGUGCCACCGGCGGAGCCCCGGCCUCCCGCCCGCCCCGCGGUGCCGAAGAAGGAGAAACCCCCGGAAGAUGACAAGUCCCCAAAAGUGCUGACGAAAAGCCCCCGGGCCGAGUUCUGCGGCGCUCCCGAAGCUGUGACAUGCCAGCCGCAGGUGCGAACACCCCCGCAGCCCCCCGGGCCCUGCACCCACCUGCUGCACAACGGCGCCGGGCGGGGGCCGGAGCCGGGCGGUGCCAACGGGGAGGCGGGGAACGGGAUGUGCCGGGCCGUGCCCAGCUCGCAGAAGCCGCACCGAAAGCUGCAGUCGCACCACUCCAUCAACAGCCAGAGCAGCAAGAAGAGCAAGGGCAGCUCCAAGUCAGCCUCUUCUCACAUCCCCAUUGAGGCGCAGGAAGACUGCUGCGUCCACUGCAUCCUCUCCUGCCUCUUCUGCGAGUUCCUGACCCUCUGCAACAUCGUGCUGGACUGUGCCACCUGCGGCUCCUGCACCUCCGAGGACUCCUGCAUCUGCUGCUGCUGCUGCAACUCGGGCGAGUGCGCGGACUGCGACCUGCCCUGCGACAUGGACUGCGGCAUCAUCGACGCCUGCUGCGAGUCCGCCGACUGCCUGGAGAUCUGCAUGGAGUGCUGCGGGCUCUGCUUCUCCUCCUGAGGGCCCCGCUGGGCCGGGGGACCCGCGCUGGGACCCCCCAGGCUCUCCCGCAGCGGGCGAGGCUCCGGCCGGUCCCCUCGGGAAACGCCAAAACCUCGAGGAGGAGGAGAGCGAAUCCCUCGCUGCGAAACCUCGUCCUUGGAGCCGGAGCCGGAUCCUGCCUGGGGAAGGGGGAACCCAGACGGCCGUGGGGGGCUCUGGCAGUGUCCUGUCCCGCUCUACCUCUGCCCGCACCGGGGCACCGCGGGAGCCUCCUGCUGCCUGAGCCGAGAGCAGGAGCGCCCGUCCCGCAGAGCCACCCCGGGGCCCGGCGUUGGGGACAGCCCGUGCCGCUGGCACCGCCCCAGGACAGCGCUCCGGGGGGGUUACAGGGGGUGGCACGGAGCAUCCCCCUGCCAGGACACCUCCGGGGACACCUCCGGGGACACCUCCAAGGCCGGGUGACCCCCGCGCACUGGGAGAUGCUGGAGCCUCCCGCCCGGCUGUGGAGUCCCGUGCUGGGGGACGCGUCCUGCCAGGCCCCCCUCCCCUCGAUGCUGAGCCCGGCAGCCAAGUGCAAUACCCGCAGCCUCCCCCCUCCCGGGAAGAAGCUUUUCCUGCAGCCGGAGCUGCGCCGAGCUGCCACCGACCCCUGCGUGUCCCCCGUGUGUCCCAGGCGUGGCGGGGCAGGGUGGCUCGGUUGGUGCCAAAUGACCCCCAGCAGUUGUUGGCCCCCGUGCCACCAUCCCGGGGACAGGGCUGGUGGCUGGGUGGGGGUGGCAGACACCCCGCUGAUGGGCUGGGGAGACGGGGAGGGAAGUGUCACGGUAUUUUAUAAGUUUUUUGUUCCUUUUUAUUGUAAAUAAAGGUCUUUCUUCAUUUGCGA